AUGACGACCGAAACCACAGCCCCAACAACGGAUAACGUACAGUCCAAAGCCACCGCCAAGGAUGCGAUCUUGUCGGUGCGCGGUCUCGAGACGCACUUCUUCACGGAUGAAGGCGUCGUACGAGCGGUCGACGGCGUGGAUUUCGACAUUCAGCCUGGUUCGACUAUGGGAAUUGUCGGUGAAAGCGGUUGCGGAAAGAGCAUCACGGCGAAGUCGAUCCUCCAGAUCGUGGAGGCACCAGGCCGGAUCAUCAACGGCGAGAUCAAUUACAACCCUCGACCGGCUGCAAAUUCGACAACCGAUAUUUUGAGUUUAGGUUCGAACAGCGCCGAGAUGCGCUCGAUACGUGGCGGCGAGAUCUCGAUGAUAUUCCAAGAGCCGAUGACGUCAUUCAGCACCAUGCACACUUUUGGGAAUCAGAUCGACGAAACAUUGCGCCUCCACACCAACCUCUCGAAAGCAGAGCGGUUCGAUCUCGCUGUGGACUGGCUCGCGCGGGUGGGCAUCCCCAAUCCGGUCCAGCGGAUGCAUGAGUAUCCCUUCCGUUUCAGCGGCGGGCAGUUGCAACGCGCAAUGAUCGCUAUGGCGAUGUGCACAAAUCCGCGGGUAUUGAUCGCGGACGAACCGACAACGGCGUUGGACGUAACGACUCAGGCUCAGAUUCUCGACUUGCUGCAACGGAUGCAGGAAGAGAACGACAUGGCGAUUCUCUUCAUCACUCACGAUCUCGGAGUCAUCUCGGAGAUCGCCGACGAUGUCACCGUGAUGUAUCUCGGCAAGGUCGUCGAAUCGGGACCGGUCUUCAGCUUCUUCGACGAACCGAAGCAUCCUUAUUCGAAGGCGUUGCUAACUUCAAUUCCGAGCAUGUUCACUUCGUCCCGCGAGCGUCUCCCAUCAAUCUCCGGUUCUAUACCGCACCCUCAGGACCGACCGAUCGGAUGCCCUUUCCACCCUCGUUGCCAGUCAUUUAUGGAAGGCACUUGCGACGCGAACGAGCCAAAACUGAUCAGCGUCAACGAGGAACAGGAAGUCAGUUGCUUCUUGUAUGAGGGAUCGUAG